UAGCAAUGUGAAUGUGCCAGUGGACGAGACUUCGCUGAAUCUCGCGUGAAUCUCGCUCCCCACGUGCGAAUACAGCAUGACGCAAUAACACAAAAAAUGUGCUCUGUCCACCCCUAAACCAUUCAAAAAUCACCAACCCCUGAAAUAAAUUAACAUGGGGUCGAAGACCGACAUCAGGGGAGACAAAAAGGAAAACGGCCAUGCGAAGCAGGGAGAAAACUCGGUGCGGCUGCAACGGAAAAUCACCCUGUCUAAUGGGGUGGCCAUCAUCGUGGGGACAAUCAUCGGCAGCGGCAUCUUCGUGUCUCCCACGGGGGUGUAUUCGGGCACCAAGUCCGUGGGGUUGUCGAUCGUCAUUUGGUGUCUGUCGGGGUUGUUUUCCACUUUGGGAGCGCUCUGCUAUGCCGAAUUGGGCACGGCAGUGACUCGAUCUGGCGGCGACUUUGCCUACAUAUACGUGGCUUUCGGCCCUUUGGGCGCCUUUCUGAUGCUGUGGAUCUCUCUUCUGAUCAUCCGGCCGACCACUCAGGCCAUUGUGGCCAUCACCUUCGCGGAAUACGCGGCCAAACCGUUCUUUCCCGAAUGCCGACCGCCAGAGAACGCCAUCAGGCUGUUGGCUGCUGUGUGUCUAUGUCUGUUGACGGCGAUCAAUUGCCUCAGCGUCAGAUGGGCCAUGAGGAUCCAGAGCGUCUUCACUGCCGCUAAAUUGUUCGCUCUCGUCGCCAUCAUUAUCGCAGGGGUGUAUCACUUGGCUACAGGACACACCGAGAAUUUUCACAAUGCUUUUGACGGAAAUUAUGAAGUCACAGAAAUCGCUCUAAGUUGCUAUUCGGGGUUGUUCGCUUUUGGUGGAUGGAAUUUCCUCAAUUUCGUCACAGAAGAGCUUCAAGAUCCUUACAGGAAUUUACCAAGAGCAAUUUGGAUUGCACUUCCAACAGUCACUGGCGUUUAUGUCCUUGCAAAUGUUGCUUAUUUUGCUGUGCUAUCUGGAGUAGAAAUUGAAAGUUCUCCUGCAGUUGCUCUGUCCUUUGGUGUGAAAAUGUUCGGGAGUUUGACGUGGCUGGUUCCUGUUUUCGUAGCUUUGUCGACAUUCGGCGGAGUCAAUGGCAUUUUAUUCACUUCUUCAAGACUGUUUCAAACUGGAUCUCAAGAGGGACACUUACCCGAUUUGUUCUCCUUCAUACACGUCAAACGGAGUACGCCUGUCCCUAGUUUGAUAUUUACGUGUUUGACGUCUCUCGCAAUGCUUCUAAUAAGCGACGUCUACGUCCUGAUCAACUACUACGGCCAGAUCCUGUGGCUGUCGACUGCCGCCAGCAUCAGCGGCAUGCUGUGGUUGCGCCACAAGCAACCUGAUCUGCCGCGGCCGAUCAGAGUCAACACGCUGAUCCCCGUGCUCUUCCUCGCCGCCUGCGUCUUUCUGAUACUCUUCCCCAUACCCACUCAGCCCUGGAACACGGUCAUCGGGGCUGCCAUCACGUUAUCCGGUAUCCCAGUUUACUAUGCCUGUGUGAAAUGGAAAAACAAACCUGAAAGUUACCACAAGUUUUUGAGAAAUACCACAACAUUCGUACAGAAUUUGAUGGAAGUGACUUAUCCUGAAGCAACACAGAUGCUAUCACAAUCUUAAUUUAUAUAGCCAACUUAUUUAUAUAUCUCUGUUUACUGAGCGAUGUUUUUUUUAUAAAUGAUUUACCAUGAAUGUACUGACCAAUAACUCGAAUUAAAAGUAUUAUAUUUAUUGUGCAUAAAUUGCAA